AUGAGACGCCCAGCUAACCACCGAUACAGAGCGCAAGAGAGAAUGGCUCCCCCACCCCAGCAAUUGGACCGAGUCUCGGGCUCGGAUGAGCAGAACCAGUGGGGUCUGAAGGUACCAGGACGCCCCCCAACUCCCUCGGAAGGCGCAGCCCAAGUAAUUCCACCCCUUUUCCAAUCCAAACAAGCACCAAAAGAAUACUGAUUCAUGGUCCCAGUUGUAUAAUCGCGUAGGUCCUAGGGACGAGCAGAAGAUCCUGGCGUUUGAUAACGGCACAUGUUUGACAUUUGGCCCCAUGGUAAGCGAAACGAGAAACUUCUCGUUGAAUUAGCUAACAAUCUCAUAGGAUAGAGUUGAUGAGUGGGAUUUGGAUGUGCACCCAUUCGUCGACCAAGUCGCACAAAUUGAUAAAGCAAUCCAUGAAGUCAAGACCGUGAGAGAUCGAUACCAUGACUCUGAAGAAGGCGAUAAUGCCUUUUCAAACUUCCGCUCCACCCCUGCCCCGGCCAAUCUCGUAACGGAAGUAACUCUUUCGGGUGUUACCUACAAGCAAGUUUCCUCAGUAUGUGCAUUCCCCUUUCCUUCCUUUUUCAAAGAUCCGUCACUUGACUCUUAUACUUUGGUGGGGUUCGGAUAUUUGCUAACAUUUAUUUCACCAGAAAUACGCUACCCUGACGGACAUGGUCUCGGUUUACAGCAAGGCAAAGAAGGAUGAGAACCAUGCUGAUACCAGAUAUGGUGCGACCGGACGCCCACCCCUCGACGCUAUUCCUCGGUUCGUCCCAUAUGUUCCCAACCCACCUUCUGGUGGUCCUCCCGCGCCUCGAUACUACCAGCGCCCAGACAACUCCCGCUCCCGUCGAGCAAACCGUCGUGCUGCCGAGCGCGAACACUUAAGCGAAGGGGCUGAGGAUGACGGGAAAACCCCGGCACAGCGUCAAUUCGAGAGAAGGCUCGCCGAUGAGCUGGACGAGUAUAAGGCGGGCAGAGGCCCAUUUAUUGGAUUGGGGGCAUACCUACAAUCGCAAGGCGGCGGAAUUCAUGGUACGGGCCAGCCUUAUCAACAACCCAAUUACAUGCAAUCCCUCUCCGGUCCCACGUACCAAGGUUAUGCGGGAUAUGUAAUGAAUGGUGCUGAGCAAAGUGUAGAUAGCGCUCUUCCUUCUACACAAGCUUCGCUUCGCCCGCCUCCAGGCUUUGAGCCUAUGAACAGCCGCCGACAAAUGAGACGCGUGCGAUCCAGUAUGACCCUUCGAGAUGACGAUAUUCUUCGGGUCCAGCAAUAUAUCGAAACCGCCAAUCAUGUGUACGCGCAUGAAGGAUACCCGCGCAUGACGUUCCAGCCUCCUACUCCCAACAUGCAGCCAUCUGGGGUGGUGAUGCAGAACCGCCUCCCGGAACUCAUCGAGCGGCCCAGUUCUACGGACUCUGGUUGGUUGGCACCAACAAUUCACAGAUCACCAAGCAGUUUGGAGUUUCGUGCUACGCCGACUGGACUCCUCGCACCUUCUUCUCGGUUUGGACAAGAUGCUGCGCAAGAACCUCCACUGACUGCAGAUACGCAAAUUUGGGGGCCAACAUACAAUCAGUCGGCUGUGCCAUCCAGAGAGCCAUCGCCAGGAACCACAGGAAGUCUACGUGGCCGUCGUUUGUAUGAAUCUGGCUCUCGUACAUCGACUCGAGUUCUUUCGCCUAGUGGAAGUUUCUUUUCUCAGGCUUCACGAAAUGAGAGACACGGAAGUGGUUCGUCUGCCAGUGGUCUUUCGGGCGGUGCUCCUGGCUCUUCCUCCGGUCGUCCUUCUGGAAAUCUUGGUGGAAACCGCCCUGGAUCUCGUACUGCCUCUGGUCGGGGUCAAAGACACUGGUGGUGA